GGAAACGCCAACCGGAUGUCUUACAUUUAUGCAUCCGGUGAAAUAUCUGUCUCAUCUAGCUGUGAUUAAGCUUUGGAAUAACUAAACAGCGACAUGGAAUCAGAGAAAGAAGUGCAAUCAACAGGAGAAGAUGCCCCUGACCCAGAGGAGGAAGAGAAGAGGCUGGCGGCAGCAGCCCGGGAAGCCAACCAUCUAAAUGAGUUGAGGCUGGUGCUGUUGGGCUGGAGGUGGCCUGGGAAGAGCCUGACAGGCAACACCAUACUGGGCCGUGAGGAGUUCCGCCUGGAGCGGGCGGCUGAAUUCUGCGUCAAGCGUCAGACUGAGGUGGAGGGGCGCCAGGUGACGGUAAUAGACACGCCGGGCUGGUUCUCGACUCAGUCCACGCCACCAGUCUACCAGCAGGAGAUGGUGCGGGGUGCCUCCAUGUGCGGGCCCCUGGGCCCCCACGCUUUCUUGCUGGUCAUCCCUGUGGGCAUGUUUACCGAGGUGGACCGGGCCCGCAUCGAGGAGCACCUGGCUCUGUUCGGGGAGUGCGUGUGGAGGCAUACCAUCGUGGUGUUCACCUGGGCAGAUGUCCUGAGGAACAUGUCCAUCGAGAGGCACAUCAAGCGAGAGGGGAAGGAUCUGCAGUGGGUGCUGGAAAAGUGCAAAAUGCGGUACUUUGUCAUCAGCAACUACAUAUUUGGGGAGCACCCCCAGCUGCGGCAGCUUAUGGAGAAGAUAGAGAAGGUGGUGGCGGAGGAGGGCAUCUAUAACCCAGAGGAGGUGGAGGAGAAACCUCUGGGCCAGAAUCAGAACCAAACCCAGAACCGGGAGCUUGGGGCAAGGCCCAAAGUGAAUUCUGCCGGUGGAUUGGCCAAAAUGGACAUGGACCCGCCCCACAAUUCAGUGGAUGGACUGACUGGCUGACUGAAGGAGAGCUGGCUUCUUUUUUUGCUUCAGUUGCAAUUCUACACUCCAAUGAGAAUUCACGAACGGGCAUUCUAUCAGAAGACCGCACUCUGACUGAUGUGUAGCUACUUUUCUUCAGUACAGUUAUUGGUGUAGCCUACUUUUCUCUGAUCAAAUGUAAGAUUAACUUCAAGCAAAACCUAAGAAAAUGAUGUGGCUGCUAGCCAAAUAGCGUUUCACUUCUGUUGUCAUCUGAUGAAAAUGAAGCUAUUUUCUGAUUAAUGAGUAGAUUUCUGAACUCUAACGAGAUCCCUGAUGAUGCUGUUCUUGCUUUUUGAGACUGUUAGGCCUAUGUCAGUUCUGAUGCAAUGUAUAUAUUUGGGGAUUUUAUUGUAUCCUAUUUGCACAUGAAGCAAAUCACAUACAGUACCAGUCAAAAGUUUGGACACACCAACUCAUUCUAGGGUUAUCCUUUAUUUUUACUAUUUUCUACAUUGUAGAAUAAUAAUGAAGACAUCAAAACUAAACUAUGAAAUAACACAUGGAAUAAUGUAAUAACCAAAAAAGUGUUAAACAAAUGAAAAUAUAUUUGAGAUUCUUCAAAGUAGCCACCCUUUGCCUUGA